GAAGGAAGAAGCAGGCACCCCCCCCUCCCCACUACGAUACGAGGGAAGGAAACAGCAAAAGCUUGAGCAGGAGAAAAGUAUGACCAUGCCCGAACUGUGUUAGAGCUUUCUUUUCUUUCUCUCUCUCUCUCGACCUCUCUCUCUUUCUCUCUCCCCGCUCUUCUCCCCCCCCCCUCUCUUUGUCUCCGAGGUGUUUAACUUUGGGGGAUCUCGGGCAUUUCUGCACCGCAAGGGACGAAGCUGGAGGCGGCGGCGGCAGCAAGACAGCAAGAAAGAGGCAGCCACAUGCGCCGAGUGGGGGGUGUUAAAAGUUGAGUCUCGAUUCCGGGCGCCGUAAGAUCAAAACAGGUGCUGCUAGCAAGUCAUGAUGGUUGAAUCAGCCUCAGAGACAAUACGUUCUACUCCCUCUGGUCAAAAUGGUGUCAGCAGCCUAAACAAUCCAACUGAUGGAGGAGGAGGAGGUGGCGGCGGCGGAGGAUGUGGAAGAGAGGGAGGAGCCAGUGGAGAAACCAAUGGAGAAAUGAGCCCAGUGGAACUCCUCCAUUUUCAGCAGCAGCAGGCUCUUCAGGUGGCAAGGCAAUUCCUUCUGCAGCAGGCAACGGGGCUGACUUCUCCUACCAGCAAUGAAAAUAAGCAGCCGGCUGUUCAGGUUCCAGUGUCGGUGGCUAUGAUGUCUCCUCAGAUGAUCACAACACAGCAGAUGCAACAGAUCCUGUCUCCACCCCAGCUUCAAGCCCUGCUGCAGCAGCAACAAGCAAUUAUGCUGCAACAGCUUCAGGAAUACUAUAAGAAGCAGCAGGAACAGCUUCACCUACAGCUUCUGACUCAGCAACAAGCUGGAAAGCAGCAAGCCAAAGAGCAGCCAUUAGGGAAUAAGCAGCUGGCAUUCCAACAACAGCUCCUGCAGAUGCAGCAGCUGCAGCAGCAGCACCUGUUAAACCUCCAGCGACAAGGGUUGGUCAGUUUACAGCCAGGACAAGGCACCGUUCCUCUGCAGACCCUGCCACAAGCUGUAUGUCCCUCAGACUUUCAGCAGCUGUGGAAAGAGGUUACUGCUACUCAACCUGUAGAAGAAAGCAUUAAGCAAGAGGGACUUGACCUCAGCACCAACACCUCGAAUUCUACCUCGUUUUCGGCUGCCAAGGUCUCUCCUCCAAUUUCCCAUCACCCUCUCCCCAAUGGACAGAACGCCAUGCUCGCACAAAGGAGGGACAGCUCUUCUCAUGAGGAGACUCCUGGCUCACAUCCCCUGUAUGGACAUGGGGAGUGCAAAUGGCCUGGAUGUGAAACCCUCUGCGAGGACUUGGGACAGUUUAUCAAACACCUCAACACAGAACAUGCACUUGAUGACCGGAGUACGGCUCAGUGUCGAGUUCAAAUGCAAGUGGUACAGCAGCUGGAAAUACAGCUAGCUAAAGAAAGUGAACGUCUCCAGGCAAUGAUGGCCCAUCUGCAUAUGAGACCUUCAGAGCCAAAACCCUUCAGUCAGCCUCUGAAUCUGGUUUCCAGCGCUACAAUGUCCAAAAGCACUUCUGAUACCUUUCCUGAUGGAUUACCUCAUCCCCCCACCUCUGCAACUGCACCCAUUACUCCAUUGCGACAGGGUCCUUCUGUUAUCAGCUCCUCCACUUUACACAACGUAGGACCAAUUCGCCGGAGAAACUCAGAGAAGUUCUGCACACCAAUUUCCUCAGAACUUGCACAGAAUCAUGAAUUUUACAAAAAUGCAGAUGUCCGCCCUCCCUUCACAUAUGCCUCACUUAUCAGACAGGCUAUCCUUGAGACACCUGACAGGCAGCUAACAUUGAAUGAAAUCUACAAUUGGUUCACACGGAUGUUUGCCUACUUCAGGAGAAAUACAGCUACAUGGAAGAAUGCUGUACGCCACAACCUGAGCCUGCAUAAGUGCUUUGUGCGAGUGGAAAAUGUCAAGGGAGCAGUUUGGACAGUAGAUGAACAUGAGUACCAAAAGAGAAGGCCACCAAAGAUGACCGGGAGUCCAACUUUAGUGAAAAACAUGAUUUCUGGCCUUAGUUAUGGAGCACUUAAUGCCAGCUACCAGGCAGCUCUGGCUGAGAGCAACUUUCCUCUUCUGAAUAGUCCCACCAUGAUCAACACAAGCUCAACUAGUGGCAUGCUGCACAUAGGCCAUGAUGAUGUGAGCAGCACUGUAGAACAAGUCAACAGCAAUGGCAGCAAUAGCCCCCGGCUUUCACCACAGCAGUACAACCAUCAAGUACAUGUGAAGGAAGAACCAGCUGAGACAGAAGAUGACAGCAGACCUGUUUCUCUCAUGGCAACUACCAAUCAGAAUGUGACGAUUCCUGAUGACAGAGACCUAGAGGAGGAACUGCCAGUGGAAGACUUGUCUUAAGGGUCCUUCAUCUUCAUAUAGGGCCCAUCAUUUCCCAGAGACAAAGCAAUGGCUCCCCCACCUCCUCAAGGUGACCUUCAGCAUUACUUAGUUAAGGCACUUCUACAAAGCAAAAGGCUUUCCAUGAGCCUACCCACUGCUGAAGGCACACACUUUUUUCCCCUUUUUACAUCCCAAUGACUCUUAAAAGACAUUCACAGAGGGGAUGUGAAAACAAAAAACAAAAAAUGGAGUUGAGCUUUUUCCUUUUCUUAUUUUUUUUUUAAAUUUUGUAAUUGGUAAACGAGGAUGGUAGGUUGUUUCUGUCCGAAGACUUCUUUGCUGCCUCCCCUCCCCAUACCCCCAUCUCAUGGGGAUAAAAAACAAGCUGUCUUGUAUUGUCUGCUCUGUGUUUUGUCAUUUUCAACCCAUAUGCCUGGUUUCCACAAAUCAAGAUUUUGGAAGCAUCCAGUACAUUAAGGGGCAAUAUCAAAGCCAAAGGCUUCAGUGAAUGUCCCUUAUUUUCCCAUGGAAAUUUUCAUUAGUUUGCCAGUAAUCCCACUGAGAACUUUGCACUAGGAGGAAUCUAUUCUCACUUUUUCUUACUUUCACACAUGCACUGUCUCCAUUUCUCACACACAUACAUGCUUGCAACUGUAACACCACUUCAGAGUACUGGAAUAGCAAUGAAGCAAGACCUCUGCCAAGGUUGCAAUUUAUGUUCAUUUUCUGACUGGGCAAAAAAUGAAAAACUGACUUUAUUAAAUACAUUAUAGGAUAGCAAGGGGUUACUGCCACACAUAAAACCACUUGGUUAUUCUUUUUUCCAACCUGUGUUUGUGUCUUUCCAAAUUCAAGAAGCAUUCUUCUAUCACCAGUCAUGACUGACAGCCAGUCUUCAACUUACAAAGCUUUAUUCUGCACAAAAUCCAGGAAUGAAUGUCCAUUCCCUGCCAUCACAUAAUUUUAAAUAACUUUCAGAAGCCUGUACUGUAUAUGGGCAGCCAGCAGUCAAGAUAAUGGGGCCCAGCUUGAGACAAAAUCAGGGAGAGACUUCUGCAAGAUGAAUCUUUUGCUUGCUUCUAUCAGCUGCCAUCCUGUUUUAUCCAUUCCAGCAAAUACUGAAGCCAGAAAGCAUGACUCCUUGAUCGUUUAUGUGAGCAAUGGGAAGGUUUACAGAUGUAAAUACAGCUGAUUUGGCAAAGCCAACAACAUCUCAAGCACUUGGGAUAGGAAAAGGGUGGUUAAGCUGAAAUGUAUGGCUGUGGAGAACAGACCAAAACUGGGUUGACCAAACAGAAUUCAAAGCAAUAUUCCUGUAUAAAUGUAAGAUAAGUAAUUCUCCACCUUUGUGACCAACCAGAACAAAGCUACAAAGAAGCACAGAGUUUCCUUGAACAUUCUCUAGUAGAAAUAUAUCGUAUCCUACAACUCUUGUGCUACUCAUUAGUUCUUAGCUGUAAGCCAAUGUGGGGGAAAAGAUGCUUCAAAACUAAUAACAAAAAUUAAAUGUGUCAGAUGAAUAGUGUUGACCCAGACUUGUCCCCAUACUUGAUUUUAUCAACUCAUUGUCUGUUGCCUCACAUCAGAAUAUUUUUUAAAAAAUCUAAAGAGCAUUUGGCAUGACAGAAAACAUCAGGUUUCCAAAGGCUACUUUGCUAUUGCCCCCAUGAAAGGACAACCUAAAUGCUGCUCCUUGAUUACUGAGACAUUCACAGUUGCUGAUUUAGAAACUGGUUUGCUUUCUGUAUGAUCAGGAAUCCAAUAUCUCAAGGAAGAUGGAUACUAAUGUUUCUAAAGAAGCCUUUCUACAACAGACCAACACAUACUUCCCUUUCCCAUCAGGAAAUCUCUGAAAUUUAUUUUCAGGCCAAAUUGGGAUAUAGGAGUUCCUCCCAUUAUUUGGAGACAAGCUGAUCCAGACAAUUUGAUGUUUUCUGAAAUGACAGCUGUUCCCCUUCAAUAUUCUGUAGCCCAUGAAGAAAAUAAAUCAUCACAGCUAUGUUUGAAUAGUCACAUUCAACAUUGAUAAUUAUGUUAAAUGACCUCCCCAAACUAAGAUGCUCAAGAAUACUUUGUCAGCAUAUUUCUGAUUAAUUUAGGAUUCCUUUCUACUCUUCUGAUUUUCAUCGUUAAAUAAUGCUUUUUCAUUGUUCCAAACACUAUGCAGCUCAUGGCAGUUGGUAAUAUGUAACGUGAGUCUUUUUGACUUAGGAGGGGAAGGGAGAAGAAGGUUAUUGCAUUUUCCUUACAUGCAGAAUUGCUCCAUUUGUCUCAAAUACAGUACAUACUUAGUGUCCUUUUCAGCAACUGUCCAACUGUGGUAACAGACUGUCUUUUUUUUUUUUAAAUGCUCUUAAUUCACAAGCUUAUAAUAAAUCAAGUAGCACUUGAGUCUUUUUACCUAUCACAAAAAGGGACAUUAUUCCUGAACUGCCACAAAUUUCUGUUUGUACACGAUUGGUGUCAAAUUUCUUAGCCCAAAUCAAAUUCUCUCUUUAAAAAAAAAAAAAAAGAUGGAGGAUUAUUCUGAGGAUUGUUCUUUCCAAUAACUCUAAAGCACUGGGUAAUCUCUAUUUGCUCAGUUUUUCAAAUAGAUCUAUUUCCUGGAUAGGGCUAUGGCGGGUGAUACUAGCAUUAAAAAAGGGAAAGAAAUGGUAGCUGGCUGAACUUGGCCAGGGUCCAUCUUUUUUCCAUGGAUGGAAGCAAAGCCUUGACUUCAAAUCUCAGACUUGGUAAAAUUUGAAAAUGUUUUAUCUAGUUCUUGGCAUUGUCCAUCUAACAACUUUAUACUUCCUUUCUAAAAUUCCCCUUCUCCAAGAGUCUCAAUUUACUAAAUAAUGUGUCAAAAUAAACCAAACUGAUUUUGAAUCUAAGCAAAAUCAAGAACACCAAAAAUGAAGAAAAACACACCUCUAUUUCUGAAUUAUGACUGCAAGAAAUUCCACAAUCCUUACUUCAGAAAACUUGUCAGGACUUGAUUCCUGGAGCCUACAGUAGAGGGCUCUACUGAACAUGCAUUUCUUUGUUUCCUACUGUUUCUAACAGGCAAGCAAAACUGUAAAGUUUGUCAUUUAGAUAAAAUGAGCUAAUUGCUCUGAUUUGAAAGGGGCUGUACACUUAAGGGGACCAAGAGGAACAGUCUCUAAGCUGCAGAAAACUGGAGAUGAUCAUGUUUAUGGGGUGUGAAUCAAAGUACAAUAGCUUGUUUGAGCCUCCUUAGAGAACCAUCAACAAGUGGCUUGCUCUUCAACCACAAGGACAGGCAAGAUAGGAUUGCAGGCAUUAAGAAUACCUCAACACUUUUAUUAUCCAUCUCUCGGGUCCCAGCUUUACUCCAGAAGCAGCUCGAGAAAAUGUAUCUAUCCUUUUAUUAAGAACACACCACACCUCAUUUUCUUCUUGGGACCAUAUUUAAAUGUCUCCCUGGUGUCCUCUAUAGAAUGCUUUGCAAUUGGCUUAACCAUUUACCAAAGACCUUGCUUAGACAAGAAGCAUAAACCAAAACACUUAAUAUUUUUGUUUGUGUGGUGCUUUUAUUCUGACUUAUCCUAACUUUUGGCAUCAGCCAAAAAGGGGGGGGGGAAUCACAAAGAUCCUGCAUCCCCUUAGCCCUUUUGUCACUUUCUUUUGAUUUUAAGUUAUUAUUUAAAUCAAAGUUUACAGGUGCUGUUUUGUACAUUUCUAAUGAAGUUGUAUCGGGAGCAUGGAUUGCUGCUUUGUGUUUGAAGUUUCUUGAACCAAGGGUACGCUGUGAAGCCUGGGUGGUUUGGCAUUCCAUGGGUCUCUUCUGAAUCUACUUCCAUCUUGCUGCUGGUGGUUUCUUUUUGUUUUUUCUUUCUUUUUAGAGGUCAGAACUGUCUUUAUUUCAUGUUAACUUUUCAACUGUUUUUUUAUACACAUCGGAAUUUUUAACUCUUGUUUUUAGCAUUUUUCUUCUUCUUAAGUUUUCAAAGGUUAAUUGCCCUAAUCCCUUCUCCUUCUCUUCCCAAAACUGGUAUUUUCUUUGAAGCACUGUUGGGUAACUUAUGUUUUUGAAAUACAGCAGAUUCAUUGUAACAUCUCAAACUUUGGGCUGUUGAUCUACAAAUUGCACUGUGUGAAUUAGAGAAUUCUGAACAUAAAAUAAUGUUGCAGGGGUUGCUGAAGUUACAUCCUGUAUUUGUUUCCCAUAAAUAAAUCCUCCUAGUUUAUAGUAAAGUUAUGCAUCAGAAAAACAAAUUAUGCAUAGUUUAUUCCUAAAUGUAUGCAAGUUUUCAUUGAUUUUUUAAAAUUUUGGGUUGCAUUUGAAAAAACCAGAUUCUUGCAGCCUAAAAUGGUAAAUUCUGCAAUGUGUAAUGUUUAGACCCAACUCUGUGCGUGCACUGAGGUGCUUUUUUGAACUUUGUCUGAUUGCAUCACAAUUUGUAGUGCUCCAUUGUGUCAAAUUGCUUUGCAAACAGUUUUAGAACUAAAUGGCUAUAUCACGGUGCUGUUGUAUUUUAUCCAUGGCUCUCUUUUCUGUCAAUCCUAGUAUUACAGCUGCAUUAUUAUAAAUUUGAUCUUUUCAAAGUUGCUACCAUCCUGAUUCACUAAUCUCGGUUUUUUGUCUUGCUUGGUCCUGGUACAAUAUCAACCGUUUGUUGGACAUCUGCAGCUGGACCUGAGAUGCCCAGGAUAUAUGUUUUCUGCCAGUAUUAAAGUGAUGUUUCCUGAUACUGUAUAGUCAAGAGCUAAACUGUAACCAUCCUAACAUUGUAAACUGAGAGCUAAGUAGUACUCAAUUAUAGAUCUAGGGAGCAUUUCAGAUUUCAAGGGGAAAAGGUGCUUUGGUGCAUGUAGGGGAUUUAAUGUAGCAUCUUGUUAAUAUGGCAACCAUAAGAAAAUAUUUUGAGUUCAAGACAUUCCAGACAGGCUACAUCCCCACCCUUGCUAGCUCCAAAGCAUAUUUUUACCUUCAAAUCCAAAGCAUUGCAAAGCCUAACUUGGCUGUUGUGCAGUGUUGCGCAAUAUGUAUUUAGCAGAUUCCAAAAUUAAAAGUUUUCAAAUACUAUCUCAUUUGGGGUAACAGAAUGGAGAAAGGUCAUCUGUGGCUACAGAACUGAGGAAAAAUUAUUGCCAGACAGAAGGUUAAUCUUUAAACCUUUUCCACCAUAUACUAGACAGUCACCGGGCAGAGUUUCCCCCCAAUGCAUAGUCAAACAAUAUGCUACUAUCGCUGUUCUAAAGAAACAGUCCAAGAAACAAUUGGACAAUUUUUUGGUGGAUAUCUGUAAUUUAGGUUGACUUUCUGAACCUGGAGGCUGUUCUAGAAGCAUUCCUAAUCUCUGUUGUUACUAUACUGAUAGCCUUCCAUAUUGUUUUCUUGAGUAUAUUGACAAAGUUGGGGAUGUUUCCCUUUCAUCCUAUCCAUAAUUCAUUAGGCAUUUACUAUCUCUCAGGGGAAAUGAUUUCAGCCCUUCACUGCUGCAUAAGGCAAACAAUGCAGCCUCUAGAACUCUGUUUUGCCCAAAAUGGAGCAGCUCCAGAAUGUAUUUCGUGGCUAAAAAAUCCUGCCAGUUUCAGCUCUUUCCUGCCUUCGUGUGACAGUAUUAAUAUAUGUGUGUCUCCUCACAGGAUAGCUUUAAACCUAGCCCUCACAGAAUUUGCAUGUGCUUAACUAUGUCAAAUCAGCCUACAAGAGGGAAGGAAGUCAUGUGACUAAACUGUCAUCUUACAGCAACUUUCUUCCAUGCAAAAUUUUAAAUAAAUAAAUAAUUGGAAAAUGUAGCCACAUGAUCUGCUUCUUGAAACCUGGAGUGGUACAACUCAAAGACAGGUUUAUUCAUUGAGAAAUCAUUGUUUAGUGAUCAUUGAAGGAAAGUGUUUUAGGUCUUGGAUGCUGUGACAAUAUUAAGUUCCUCAAACAAGUGGUCCUUUCCUUCUGUUGCUUUCCCCAUCUGCUUUUGUAGUGGAUGAACUUUAAAAUAUUGGGUGUGCUUUCCUCAAAUGUCUGCCUUUUGUGCUGAAGCUAGACUUCUGUAACCAACUUGUCAAUAUGAGAGGUGGAUAAAUAACUCUUAGUGUUUGAUUGGCUUAGAAUCUAGGCCUGGCCCUGAAGGGAACCAGCACAUAUCUAAGAAUUGGAAAGUAAGAAAUGAGGCUUUGGAAUCAUGGGUUUUUCUUCAAACUUGUGCCUGUGACUUAAAGCAAAAUUAUUGUAUCACCAUAGUUCUUGUUUUAUUUGGUGAUCCUGGCAUUCCCAAGAAAGAUUAUUUAGAACUGUAAUUUCAUUUACUCAAUGUUGUCAAACUGUCCCAAUGGGGGGGUGGGAGAAUUGCAAAACAUUUUUUUACAAGUCAACAAUGAAAAUAAAUUGAGAAGCAGAUCCUAAAUUUAUUCACUUUCAAUUAAAGUCUGUCUGCUGAUUACACUUGCAAUUAAUGAGGACUUGCAUUAUAUUUAUUUCUCUUGAGAGCUUUGAGAAAUCUACAGGUGUUUGUGUAGUUUGUAGGACUUUAAAUGUAUUUUUCUAAUCCUGAUAUAUCUCUUAAAAGUAUACUGAAGAGAGAAUGUAAUUCAGUAUCACUGAAUAAAUAUGCUGUUCCCUAAAGAUCUUCAGUUUGGGGUGAUUUUGUCCCCCAACAUCUUGGAAAUUUGAAGUUUCUCACAAAUUGAACUACUAAAGCUUUAGUUCCUAACAUCUGACAUCGCUGAUGCUGUUUUGUUUAAAUGUACCACAUUGACCCUUUUUUUUCUAAUUAUGACUUUGAGCAUUUGUUUCCUGAAUUUGGUUGCAUAUCAUCAAUAAAGUGGGUUGAUUUAUAAAAACCCUUAAGUAGAGUGAGCAAAUCACAAGCAAAUGAUGACCAGUUGGUUCUGCCCUGGUUCUUUGGUUAGUAUUUGUUCCGUUAUAAUAGCAUAAAUUCAGAUAAACAUAAAAAAUAAAUGGCAACUAAGGAAUCCAGGGCAAGGGUGGGUGAGGAAGAAUGUUUAUUCUGUAUUAAAAGCCUAUUUACAUUUUAGCAAUAAAAUCUGUCCUCCUGGCUUCCUUCCUAGCAAAAUCAAACAGUUAAAUGAGAAGGAUAUGCCUAUUUGAGUAAGCACAUCGAGUAGGUACUAAAGCCAUGAUUUCAUCUGCAAGAGUCUCUUCUAACAUUUACAAACUCAUUGGUCCUUUACUUAGAUUACAUUUCUCCUCUAAGGGUUUAAUGAAUUAUUUCUAAUUCUAUUUUUUGGUGUGUGUGGGUGUGUGUGAUCAGCAAAUUCACCUCACUUUUUCACUUGAACGAUGUAUAAACAAAUAUACAUGGACUUAAUAAGAAAUAAACAAUGGCAUUUGUGUAACUGCUUCUACUUCGUCAAAUAUGCCCAUGUAUUAUUAUUCCAUAUUCCAAUACUAUUCAUCCUAUGGAAAAAUAGUAUUUAAAUUUUUGUGUUGGGGGCCUCAAGCUCUUGGGAUUUUAUUUUCCUCACCCCUAAUUCCUGAUAGCUGAAGCAACCCGCUGGUGUGAGCCUUGAGGAGCAUUUGAUACCAGUGCCAUUCUUCCCAGACUCUUGACUACAUUAGGUACAUAUAUUUUUGCACAUUUAUGUCCACCAAAUUAUUUCAUUCAAAACUGCAUAUAGUACUUAUUUGGGGGAAUUUCUUUUUUGUCUUUUAAAAAUAUUUUAUUUUUUGUUGUUACCUCAAAAUGGCUUUUAAAGGGGUAGUGUGGGAAAGACCAAACACGAUUUGUGGCAGGAUAGUAUAUGUAUAUAUUGAUAUAUAUGCUGGUUGAAAACCUACUAAAAUUAGAUUAUCUGUUUAACUGUCCUGUGAUGAGACUAAUGCAGGGAAUAUUUAGGAAGGGUUUUUUUUUCCUUGUUCUGGAAUUUAGGAAGCCAUUCUUGUAUUUCUCUUUGACUUGACUUGGAUGCUGUUCCAGUUCCUUAUGUUGUUUUUGGCUUGUUUUCUCUCUUAAAUUAGUCAGUAGAAAUAGUGGGAGGAGAUAGAUGGUUGCUGAAAAGGAACUGGGAUAAUGAUAUAAUUUCCUUUCCCUCAUUGGUUUCUGAAGUUAGAAAAAUAGGAACAGAAUAAAAAAAACAUUGUAUUAAACCAAAGGUGUGCGUAUUUCAGUUUUAUAUGUUUACAUAAUUUUAAUAGAGUUAUUUUUCAGGGCAGGGUGAACGACAGAAAUCCUACUCUGAAAAAACCCUAGGAUUUUGCCCUGUAUUAUCCAUACUCUAAAUUCCUGAUUGCCCUGAUCCACAUAAAUGUGGAAAUACUCCAUGGUUUGCAGGGGAACGGUUUGUUUGUUUUUCCAGAUUUAGAUAUAUUCCAAAGUGCUGAAAGUUUGUCAGUUUGGAGUCCUCUUGUUUUUUUUUUUAAUAACCAUGUUGUUCUACUAUAGAAGUAAGAUUUGAAGACCCAUUUCUCUGCCCUUCAUUUUGACGGGAUGCUCUAUGAAACAACGUUUCUCUGGGCCCUCUCAAAGAGUUGGGGCUCUGCUUCACUUGGCGUUCUUGUCUUCCAAAUCUCUCAACUGAAUCUCAGGUGGCAGGAAAACACCCAAGAACCAAUGACUGGUGACUCUCGAAUUGUAUCAGCGUAAGCAGUUUAGCAUGAGCCAGCGGGUCUCUGAUCUCACUGAAUGAAAAUGGGAGGUUAACAUGUCUCCUGCAAUGAUCUGAUUUUCUCAUUUGUAAUAUUUUAUGUUGGCCCCAAGGGGCUUCUUCUAAUUAAAUCUUCUCUGUUGCGAAUAGGUAUCUUCUCCCUCAUACUAGUACCCAAUGUGUGGUGGGAAGGUGGGGAACACUGACAUGUCAGCACUCUGCUGUCAUUUCCUUUUCCUGGCACUCAGGAAGAUAUAAGGAAAGAGGCGAGACAUGCAGUGACCUUUAAUAUUGUGGGUUUUUUCUUCCUCACAUUUGUUGGUUUGAUGUGAUCAUCCUUUUAGCAGGUGGCAAGUCAGUGUGAAGUGAAAGAUUACUGGGAAGGAUGUCUGUAAUCCUUUGAUCCAUCCUCUUCUUACUGCUUCACACUGCCGUAUUUCCAUGCUGUAUAAAGGAAAUAGCAUUGCUGUGUAUUUGUAUUCUGGACUUCUGUGUGUCUGCUCUGGCAGACGGUAAACCCUUGUACAGUAGAUCUAGCUGCAUGUAAUCUGUAUGGACAAUGGCAUUAUAAAAUGCAAUAAAAUUAAAUUACCUAUGA